AUGAAGGCUCAAAAGGGAAACAACUCGAAGAAGAAAAGUUCGAAUUCUGGGUUAGUUGCAGUAGCAGUUGAUAAUAAUAAAGGAAGCCAACAUGCUCUCAAAUGGGCUGCUGAUCAUCUUGUCUCCAAAGGUCAAACCAUUAUCCUCCUCCAUGUCAUCCUCAGAUCAUCAUCAUCAUCUGAUUCAGGUGAGAUUUCUGCAGAGAAACAUAAGCAAGCCGAGAGUCUUUUUGUGACGUUCCAUUGCUACUGCAGUCGAAAAGAGAUACAAUGCCUUGACGUGACGCUUGAGGAUGACAACAUAGUCAAGUCCCUUACGGAAUACGUUUCCUCUGGUAUCAUUGAGAAUUUGGUUCUUGGUGCCCCAUCGAGGCAUGGAUUCAUGAGAAAAUUUAAGAUUUCUGAUACACCGAGCAACGUAGCGAAAGCAGCACCUGAUUUCUGUACAGUUUACGUCAUUUCCAAGGGGAAGAUAUCAUCAGUCCGCUAUGCCUCACGAGAUGCUCCAUAUCGUUCUCCUCUUAUGGGUCAAAUUGAAAACCACUCUGAAAUCUGUAACUACGAAAAGUUCAGGAACACCAUGAGCUUUAGAGAUCGGACUCCGGCAAGGUCUUGGACUGCUAGCUCCAUUGAAGAUUAUGGAAAGUCACCUAUGUCGAGAACAUCAAAUUACGCAAACGCAUUCUAUGAUUUAUCAGACUCGGAGAACGACAUAUCAUUUGUUUGCUCAGGCAGGCCAAGUACUGCAAGCUCAGGCCGGCGAAGUACCACAAGCUCAGGCAGGCCAAGUACCACAAGCUCAGGCCGGCCAAGUACAAGUACUGGGAGGUCUGACAUAUCUUUCGUGAGCUCAGGCAGGCCGAGUUUAAGCACUACUGGAAGCCCUUCCUUCAUCUAUGACUUUCCUGAUUCUGGUUUAACUCCAAGAAUGUCAACAGGCUCUGGACACUCUAUGCGUCUAGGAAUCAGGUUUAAUGACACUAAUAUCCAACAUGAUUUCUCGUUCGUGUCACAAGAUAGCGGUCGAUCAUCUUGUUCUUGUUCACCACAAAACUUGGAAGAAGUCGAAGCUGAGAUGAGGAGAUUAAAGCAGGAACUGAAACACACAAUUGACAUGUAUGGAUCGGCUUGCAGAGAAGCCCUAGCAGCAAAGCAAGAGUGUUGA